AGGCAUCUAUCUAUAUGUAUAUUUCUAAUAGUAAGAUGACCCAACUUAUCCACACUACAGAAACCCGACAACCUGUGGACAAUACAAAAACAUAGAUAGAGAUAAAUAAACAACACAUAUCAAAUCAGAUAAUGGAUCAGGAGACAUGUCAUAUCUUGUUAUAUAAUACAAGUAUACACUUUCAUAUCACUAUAAAUAAGUAUAAAUAAACCUUACAUGUUAAAUUAGUUAUCCAUGACCAUAAUUGGUGAGAAAUGAAUAAGUAUAUCAAGGAGACCUUACGAACGAAAUGUAAAAAAAGACAUUCGAAAGGGAAAAAGUAAUGGCCAAGGAGAGACAACGAUCGAAAGGAACCACACAAAAUCCACUACACAGCCGUAACACAGGGACACCGGGAAGAUCGGACGCCCUCUCUAAAAAUGAAGUUAAAAAACUGAAGGAAUAUUUACAGAAAUUGUCGAGAACUAAAAAAGGGAGUUUCCCUAUGUCUAACACGCAAUUAGGAGAGACAAUCAAAAUAUAUCUUAACAGUAAAGAUAUUAAAGUGCCAAGUUUCAAGGACAACAAGCCAGGGUUGCGUUGGGUCCAAAAACAUCUUGGCAAUGAACCAGGUUUCCUUAAAACUAGACCUUACAAACGAGCAACCCGACAGUUCAGGAAUAAUGUAAAAGAGGACAUUCAAAAGGGAAAAAGUCAGAGAUCCGUGUCCAGUGAGAGAAAACGACCGAGAGGAACCAUACAAAAUUCACUACACAACCGUAACACAGGAAAACCAGGAAAACCGAACGCCCUCUCUGAAAAACAAUUUACAGAACUAAAGAUAUAUUUACAGAAAUUAUUGGAAAAUGACGAGGAGAGUUUCCCUAUGUCUAACUCACAAUUGGGAGAGACUAUUCAAAAAUAUCUUAACAGGAAACAUAUUAAAGUGCCACGAUUCAAGAACAACAAGCCGGGGGUGUACUGGAUCACAAAAUAUCUUAGCAAUGAACCAGGUCUGCUUGAAACUAGGGCCCAGAUUUCACAGAAAAUAUAAAGACCUUGUAAUCGACGAUUAUCUACUAACAUGUUAUGGAGUUAGACAUAUAGGACCUGCUAAUCUCGCUGAACGAAAUCACAGCUAUCUCCGUAAACUCCCCCCACCACAGCAAAGAUGUACUUAGCUCUUCCGAGCGCAUGAUGUCUGAGUGCAUAGGCGUAUAAUAAUUACCAGAUUGUGUCAAAGAAUAUAACAUAAGUAUGUGUUAUAGUGUAGUACCAUGGGUCUUCUGUCAGACUUGGAGAGCGGACGCGGGAAAACCGGUCGCCACAUCCUACGUAUGACCCAUGCAUCUUUUCUUACUACAUAUCUUAGUAGCAUUGUGAUCGUCUAGAAUUUGUCUCUAGCUGUCUUUGCUUCCCCUUCACGUUGUGUAUUUACUUCUUACUGUUUUCUUAGUUCAGACGUUUGUCUUACCAGGAAUAACAAUGCAACAGUUCGUUUUUACAUUUUAUAUAUCAUAGCCGGAUACAUGGAUACAAGCAUAGUAUAGAUUACAAUACUAAAGUCAUUCUCAAACACUAGCCAGUCAGACUCGCUGGGCGAGUUUGCUGAUAGAAACUGUUACAUCUUUUCCCUUCAAGAAUCUGUCUGUUGUCUGGCGAAUUCUCACAAGUAUGAUAGUUUUGUAGCUUUGGGUUUUGGACCUUCAAUUAUCUAAUUGGUCAAAUAUGAUGUAAACAAUCAAAGAGAUUGGUCAAUUUAGGCUAAUGACGUCGAAACCCACGAAAAAUGGAAAUAUACCGAAGAAGCUUCCCACAAGAUAUAUGUUAUCAACCUAGAAUUGAAUGUUUAGCAUAUUAUGACUCUUUAUUUCAUUCAUUCACUAAGUUGAUUUAAGUACACAUAUAUGUGAAUCUAAUAACUUGCCAAAGAUAUUAAUUAAUACAAUAUAAUGCCAUCAUUAAUUUCAAGAGCACAAAUUGUACAAAAGUGUUACAUUCGUCCCUUUCUUCAAGACGUUUUGCUCGGUAUUAGGUAAAAUAUCCCUUGAAUCCUUUACAAUAACUAUACCAACAUCUAAAUAUUCAUAAAUGUAGCAGAAAUCUCGAAAAUCGAUAUAUAUCUCACCUUCAUUAUGCGAAAUGAAAAGCUAGGAGACUAAAUUUCCAUGACUAAACACUAUAAUUAUUUAUUCAACAUGCACAUAUAUAUGAUUACUAUAUGAUUAACAUACAAGAGUACAUAUGAUCACAAUAUGCGUCAAUCUGUUCCAAGAAUUUAAGGGCCAAUCCCGAUAAUAUUUUGGAGAAUAAAACUGCUUAAUUUUGUGUUAAAACCCUUUAAUAUCCCUAAGGGCCGAGCAACUAAUUCAAUCAGUCUUCAUCUGGAAAUAGAGACCGGUGUCCCAAGCUGUAUUAUGCGGUGUCUGGAUAAAACCAGACUUUUAUUUUAUAAAAACAAUGUGUUGGCGGAAUUUACCUCUCGUUAUCCAGUCCGGCACAUGGGUCAUUCACUGUAUAGACCUCUAAAGGAACGGCGAUAUAUUAUCAGGUCACCCAACGAAAAAAUUGACCAGAAAUCUUAAAAGGGUUACGUGUCCAGAUAAGCAUUUUUGACGUUCACGUUCAAACAACUCAAUAUUUUGAGCUGAAAUUUUGAGGCAGGGUAAAUACACCAUUCCUCUAUAUUUUGGCACUUAAAAUUCAUACAAACUCGGACUUUUGUUUUUGAGACUCUGUUCAAAUCGGGAUAGUCCCUUUAAGUAUCAAUGAAAACACAAAUAAACAAAAAUCCAAAAUCGCAUGCAAAAGCUCUCUAAAAGUUCAUCACUGUACUUCAAAGUCCUAUGAAAAUUCACUAAGCCUAAACACAUAAAAAAAAUUGCCUUUUUUAAAAUCUUCAUGUGUCCUAAUUUCAAAACACUAUAACACAUCACUUCUAAUUUAUAAAGUUCAUGUUUCACUUUAAAUUCUGUCUCAGGAAAUCUCAAUUUGGUAAACUGGUAAACCAUUUCUUCUUCUUGGAUUUCCAUUGGUCUGUUUCAGCUACCAUAGUGUCAAGUUGUAAACUUUUUUCUUUUUUUUUCUUCUAAGUAUCAUUGGUUUGAGACAAAAUACAAAUUUUAUCUGUCAAUCAAACAUGUCAUUGUCAUCAGAUCAAGAACUAACUAUAUGCCUAAUUGUAUUAUUAACUCUUACUUUUAAUUAAAAUUAAACUUUAUUUAAUUAUUAAUAAACUUUGAUGUGUCUCUUUAAUUAUAAAUCUUCAAACUAACUUUGACCCCCUGACCUUAUCUCAGUAAUGGACAAUUUUAUCAUUUCUGUUUAUGUUUUAGAAUUCCGCCAAAACAAUUAUAUUAUUAUUUUAUAUUUCACCUUCACAGUUAUGUGACCCUUUUGACCUAAUCAUUUAGUCAACUUCUGUUUUGACUACCAGUGUUACAUUAUCGAGAAUGUCAAUCAAAUAUGGCCAGUAUAUGAAUGACAUUACAUUUUAUCCUACAGUAGGAUGCUAAACCCCAUUUCAUCGAACAAUAAUAAUAAUAAUAAUUUAAUUUAUCUAUAACUAUGUCCCAAGUGAAUGAGUGCACUUUCAUCCACGGGAAAAUUAGUCUAUAGUUAUAUAAACAUGACAACCAGAAUAAACAUAGCUUUUAAUUACACAUACAGUUAACUAUAUCCUAUAUAUUAAUGCAUCACGUGACUUUCACACACGUCAAAUUUAGAACCGUUUGUUUAUAAUAACCAGACAUAAAAGUACAAUGUGAUAUCAUGUCAAAUUACAGAUUCCUAAUCACCCCUCGUGAACAAUUUAAAGCAAAAUUUAAUUAAUGUAUUCUGUGAUACAUUGCAUUCUGUACAUGUCUAGCCUCCAGAAGUUCCACCGGGUCUAUGUUACGAAUAGUGUUCGUUACCUAAUUUUACCAAUAGGCCUACCGUGAAAGAUUUGAGUAAAGAGUGAGUUUACACUCUCUUUAAUUAACAAUCUGAUUAAUAUACGGAUCUAUAUUUCGUUUCGUUAUUUUAUACUUUCGAUGAAGAUUUGACCAGUUGUUAGGGUGUGCCAUGCAUCCAAAAUUUUCCCUACUGAAAGUUGAACUCGACACGGCGAAUGCGCAUGCUUCAGUAGCUUGCCUCGAUGUGAUGUCUGGCUAGACACGCGCUGCGAUAACACUCAGCACAAGAGUCUAUGAGUCUAUAAAUAGCCAUCGCACAUGAAAUUUUCUACACAUCUAUCAACUAUUACAGCCGUAAAAAAUCUAUUGUUGACGAUUCUGAAUAGCAGUAAUAUUUAGCUUUUUGGUUAUUACAGCAGCUUUAGAAAUUACGUCCGUUUUAUUUUUUAAAUUGCUUUAUCAUUAACUAAUGUUAGGAGCGCCAUCUUUUGGUUUAGUACAAAUAAUAUCUCUGAAACACUCGGGUUAGGCAAGAACAUGAUACUAGCAGUAGUUUCAUUUUACUUUUAAAGUUGCCUAACGUGCGUGCGUUGAUCAUAUUAUUGGUAUAGUUGCAUUUCACAAGGAUAUAUAGUUUGGAAUUGGCUUCAAUCCGUUGCGAAGAAUAUUACAUGCACUGAAAAAAAACUUGUGUUGGAUCUCAACACAAGUGCUUGUGUGAAAAUUAUUCUACACAAGUUAUGUGUUGUUUUGCAUUGCAUUAACACAAACUUGUGUUCUUUUUAAUGCAUUAACACAAAUCUUGUGUUUUUUCCAUAUAAUUAACACAAGUAAUGUGUACCGUCAACAAAUAUUUUUUUUUUUUAAAUUUGAACUCCAUACAAAGUCUUAAUCCAGGGGUCCACAAGUAAGAGAAAAGUAUUUUUUACUCAGACAAUAUAGCCAGACAGACUUGAAUGCUAAUUGGUGUUAAGAUGUCUGUAGUUAAAAUAAAGUUGGGCCCAAUAAACUGGUAGAUCAAAGGCCUGUUGAGCGCUCAUGCCCGGUGUGAUUUUAACAAUUGACUCCAAAUGCGUUGACAAGAAAAUAAGUGAAUGUGAUUGGUUGAUAAAAUCAACGUACUAUAGGCUACAUUUUGUCUGCGAUAUCAUCUCGGUGGAAGCGGACAUUAAAUGAAGUGAUUUCACACAAUUAAUUUAACAUUUAACAACGUGCUGAAAUGAUUUUGGAGCAGUGAUAUGUUUGACAAAUGUAAGUUAAUGGUCAGAUAGAAUACAAGACCGCAGGUUUGUGAAUAUUUAUAUAAAAAAAAUAAUACCAUGUAUGUAAUUUAGCAUCGAUAUUGUUUCUCUGUAUAAUAUUAGUAUUUCGUUUCCUUAAAAAAAACUCCAACAAUUUAAACCGGAAGUUCAUGUUUAUAAUAUGGCGCGGUCAGGAAAAAAAUUUCGGCGUGUUAUUAUCAAAUCUGUUCAAUUUUUCUGAAAUCAUGCUUAAUUAACAUUAAGUGUUCGGCGCUACGAUGUUGUUCAAAUACUUACAUUACAGAAUCACAUUAUGAUUAAUGCAGAAACGGCUCGACUUGAACCAGCAGGUAAGAAUCUGUUUUGAAAUUAUAUUUUGGGAGGUUGGAUUGGCGUUGGAGACCCGAUUGGCGGCCAUUUUGAUUCUUGUUUCAUGAUUUUUUUUAUAUUAUAACAAUUUUGCCAAGAGUAGACAUAAACGCGGGCACAGACUAGAAAAAAAUCUUUUUACACUUUUGUGUUAGUUGAAUUGUAAUCUAAUUUAUGUUUAAAAAAAACAACCUUAAAUCUAAUAAGCAGACGGAAGAUAUGGACGAACAACAAGAAGAAGUUAUGGAGGUCCCAACAACUGAACCUAUGGAAGUAGAAGAAUCGUUUACAGCCGAAACCCGAUACGAUGUGCCAGUUCCGGUCAUGGAGUCCUCCAUCUCAGACGAUGCCGACGUUAGUGUCUUCUGCGACGAAGAACCCGUAGUGGUGUAUACGCAGGUAGAAGCUGGUACCUCCCGUGGCAAGUCCAAGUUGUUUGACAACCAAGGGUUUAGUUAUACAAUUAAGACAGAGAAGAAAACUACGAUUUGGAGGUGUUCCAAAAGAAGCGGACCAACACGAUGUCCGGCAACAGUAAUCCAAGAUGGUGAUACAUACCAACCAGGCUUAAAGAACCAUCUUCACCCAGCAGAACCCGGUAUACAGACGGCUACCAAGAUAAAAGUUACAGCAAAGCAUGAAGCCAAAGGAAAUGUUUUUACCAAGUCAUGUUCCUCAAUAGCGGAGAGAGUUUUAUCCAGUGUCGGUUCUGCAGAAGAACCCAUUCAUAGCAGACCACCCAUGGCAGCACUUGUAAGGUCGCUACAAAGAACCCGACAGACUCUGCGACCAAAAGAUCCCACUGACGUGUCGUCAAGCCUUGACGAAGAUUUCAUCGAUCAUAGUGCACCGGGAUUUUAUCAAAAAAGAGUAAAAGUUGGGGAAAGGCGCCAUCACAUUUUUUGUACUGAUAGACAGAUGCAGCUACUCGCACGCGCAAAAACUUGGUAUAUGGAUGCAACUUUUCGGGUGGUGAACAAGCCAUGGUCUCAGCUGUUUUCCAUCCACGCCUUCAUUAAGACUGGAGAGACCACCCGACAGUUACCAUUGGUGUUUUGUGUAAUGUCGGGUAAAAGCCAAGACGACUAUUAUAAGUUAAAUAGCACUUACUGAUUGAAUUACUAUUAAUAGUAAAAAAGGACUAUUAUUUGGGACCUUGAAAUUGUCACAAAUGGGUCGCACUAACAGCGACAUUUGUUUAAGGCAUAUUUGUUUCAUCGGUGACACGUCUGGUGUCAUGUGAAUGCAACGACAACAGCCUGGUUGAUUGAUUUGUUGAUUGGAGUUCAGAUGUCUACAUUAAAAUCGACCACUUUCAGGUUGCCGUAUUCACGGCCAGGCAAGACCGACUUGAAAUUUCUAGAAAUUUUUCUGGGGGAGACAGGCCCCAACAAAUCCCCAGACGGUGCGUUUCACGACUUUGGCGCAAGACGGUGACCUUGAAGAGACGUGGAAAACCAUUUAAUAGACAUAGUAAAAGUCAUAUCUUACGAGAUUAUCGCUGGUCUUGUCAGAAAAUGCUAUUUUAUAUAUGACCAGUUUGUGUUUGAAAAAUUUAAAAAGAAAUUAUUUAUUCUCCCACCAUUAAAGCACACUAAUUACGAAAUAUCGCUCUCAGAAACUUCAUGGUUUCUUUUGCAAUUUGUUUGGGGUAAGACGUUAUAUAAAUAAUAUCAAUCUGUCCACCACAAAAAUUUAACAGAUACAAAUGCAUGUUAUUCCACAGGUAGACAGACAGGGCCUCCUUUGAAGGGACUCAGUGAAGGGAACGCGGUUGGUUUAGAGUUUGUCUGACCCCUUUGAAUAUUUGCGUCUCAUCUCCAAUGAAAACAAUCAUGUUGCUCUCAUGCUGUUCUCAACCAGAAUCAAACAUAUAUCGUACCCGAGAUUUGUUAGCAUGUUCCACACAACCCAACAUUUAUCGGCACCGGGAUUAAGGGUGUAUAUCUUUGUUUCUAACGCUUAUUGGGAAUACGCCACGGAAACUACAAUAAAAACUUAUUUACAAAAACAUUCUAAAGAGUGAAAACUGACAUAUUUCAAGCUUUACUGUAUUUAAAGAAAUAAUUUAAAUCAGCCGGCUGAAACCCCGUCUCCGCUAUUUGUUCAGUCAUUCUUUAGGUAUAGUGCCAGUUUCCACCGACAAUGAUAUUGCAAACAAGUGUCCAAUCUAUAAAAGCAUACAUUCCUACAAAAUGUUUCUUUAGUCAAGUGAAACAAUAAAUUCAUAACUAUGCGAGGGUGUGGUGAGUAAAUUCGUGGUAACAAGUCUGAAAAGGCUAAUGUGACAUAGAACAAGGUCACCUUGAUGUUGACAAAUACGUAAGACGAUAUGAACAUCAACUAAAAAGAUAUGUAAUGUGAUUCAGCUACAAGGUGAUAUAUGCAUAUAUGCAGCAUAGAUAAUUAAAACUUCUAUUCAAGUUAAACCAACUGUAUCUAUUUAUUUAAGUCUUACGUCGAGCUGAAUACAUUUUAUGAUUUAUUGUGAUUAACAGUGUGUAACUAAAAACUAAAAUUGGAUCUUAUUAUUGCCAAUGAUACAAUGUACAUG